AUGAAGCAGCCACCAGGGUUCGACGACACUACACAUCCGGACUUCGUGUGCAAGCUCCACAAGUCCAUCUACGGACUUAAACAGUCUCCAAGACAGUGGUUCAGCAAAAUCACAACGACCUUACAAGCCUUCGGCUUCAUCUUUAGCAAGGCUGACCCAUCUUUACUAAUCUACGCAAAAGACAACACGAGGCUGUUUGUACUUAUAUACGUCGACGACAUAUUGGUCACCGUAAACGAUAAGUCUCAAAUCGCACAUCUUUUACGUCAAUUACAUUCCAAAUUUAAUCUCAAACAAUUAGGUGACAUAUCUCUAUUUUUAGGAAUUCAGGUUGCCAAAACAAAAACAGACUACUUCCUUAAUCAAACCCACUACGCCAAGCAACUUCUUCUAUCAGUCGGGUUCAACAACAGCAAAGCUGCUCUCACACCUAUGUCGCUCAAACGUUCCACUGGCUUUGCCAGCACAGAAGAAUUCUCCGACCCUCAGCUGUACCGAAAAAUUGCAGGUUCGCUUCAAUACCUAUCUAUCACUAGACCUGAUAUUGCAUUCACUACUAACUACAUUUGUCAACGCAUGCACAAACCAUCUGUUGAUGAUUUCCAAACACUCAAACGUCUGCUCCGCUAUGUCCAAGGGACUACCGAUCUCGGCAUUCCAAUAGAUCCAGGUGACUUACAGCUUCGUGCCUUCGCCGACGCAGACUGGGCUGCAGACAACUCGGAUCGAAGGUUAAUUACCGGGUUCUGCACUUUUCUCAGCAAUACAAUCAUCUCUUGA